AUGCUGAGGAGGCCGUCCAGGGCUGUCUAUACGACGUUCCGUUUCGAAGUUCUUUUGGCGUCCCCCCUCCCCUACCGACAUGGCCUGUUCAGCGAAAAAUCGAAAUUGGCAAACAGCCAACUGGCCUACUCCAAUGAAAUGACAACGACCAUCGCUGAUGGGAGACCGGUGGGUUUGCAGAUCAAAUACAUCGCAACUCGAGCCUCAAAAAGGUCCUUGGCAUCUCAUCACAUGUUUCGUUCAGCGAGACAGAUCCGAUUCCUACAGGUGCACACGCCUAAGCCCGAGGCAGUACCUAUGGCGCCCUUUUUGUUUGAACAACACUGUAGUGUGAGGGACACAGCACCUUGA